AUGCGAAAGAUUUGCGUCAAGAGAUGCAAAAGAUUUGCAUCAAGAGAUGCUUAUGUAAACGCCGUAAACAGUGGAAGUGAAAAUAUCGAGAAAAUCCUUCUUUCGCGAGAAUCAAAAUUACAACUCGUACCGUCGGGUCCAAAAAUAGUAAAGCAAACCGUCAACAAACAAACAACUAUCGAUACAGAAGACACUGAAUUGAAAUGCAUUAGACAAUCUGAUGGUACAUUAGUUACGGAGAAGAAGAAAACGACAGAGCAUGAAGAUAUAAUCGAUAAAGAUUUACCAGAUGGUGAUAAUCAAUCAACUGGAAGUCAGGAGAAAAUUUUAAAGCACAAAGAAUCAUCACAACGCUUCGUAAAAGAACGUGACGAGCAGGAAGUUGAAUAUGUGUCUGAUGGUAAAGUCAUAGCCAAAGAGAUGAGAUACGCAAAAGAAAAUGAAUUUAUGGAACGCGAUGGUUCCAAAGAAGAUGAAACCGAUUGGGAUAGUCUGUCGGAUCGUGUCAAGAAGAAUCGACGUCAAUUCCAGAAAGCAGUGAGAGAAUCUGCAGAACGCAAAGACGCUUUGACAAAUCGACCUCUGGACUUUGAUCGUGAGGAAGAGACGAGACGAAAGGAGACGUAUAAAUGGCUUGAUAGUCAUUUUGGUAGUGAAUCUACAUCAAAGGAUUCCAGAGAUGAUUCAUUUUCCGACGUAGCUGUAGAGCCAACUAAAAAGACUUACUUUAAUGUCACAAUUAAGUCAAAUAAUAAUGUUAAUAAUAAUAAUCAUCAUCAUAAUGUCACACAUACGAGUAGCAGUAGCAGUCUAACGAAUAAUAUUAGUAAUCAAAAAAUCACCACAUCUGCGCACCGUCAAUCGAAUUCUGCACUCGAUAAUGACUUGUAUCCUAAUAAAUUAUCUGCACCGUCGAAAGUUUACAUGCCAGAGCGUGAACCAGCACCACAAUUACAGUCAUCAUCGAAUAAAAAGACAUUUUUUCAGGGUAUUAGCGAUUGGUCUGAAAGAAAAGAGACACCUCGACCGAUAAAGGCACAUCCGUUAAGUUCGAAAGCAUUUCAAGAUGAACUGAGUGGAACUUUAGAGAGAAAGCAGAGAAUGAUUAAACUCAGUCAAGGAUCAUCACAUAAUGACAUAAGAAAUGUGCCUUCGACAGCAGCAAUAUUGAAUGGUAAUAGCGGCAAUAAACUUAAUGAUCCGAAAAUAAUGAAAUAUAAAUCGUCGUCGCGUGAUGAUUUAUUGAAGACCCAAAAAGAAGAUUUGGGAUAUUUGAGUGGAUCGCGAACGGAAUUGAGAGUGCCACGUAAAUAUACAAAUGAUGAUUAUGCAGUGCCAAUAAAGACAAAAAAGACAUCAACAAAUGGAUAUUUACAUCGUGAGGAUUCAGGAUUUCGAGACUCAAAAGAAGACUUGCGCUCACCAGCGCAUCGUGAAGAUUCAUUUGGCCAUGAUGAUGUUAAACAAACAUCAAUUCAACGCGAUGACUCGGCAUAUGUUUCAUCAUCAACAUACUUUACAACACCACGAUCACCAAGACGACCCAGAUCACCAAUUAUGACCAAGACACCUGAUAGUGGCAUAAGGUCACCAACACCAACAAAUGAUUUUGAAUCGGAUGAAUUAAAUCAAUCACCACCGGCUGUUCCACAAAGAAAAAAAGCAAUGGAACGUAAGAUGAGAUCACCAAUAAAGAAUAGUGUUGAUUAUGCAAAUUCACCGGCAAAGCCAAGACGUGAUCCACCGAUUGAUUAUUCUCCACCACCACGAAGUCGUUCGGUAUCACCUUUGCCCCCGAUUCAUCAUGUCUAUAGUGACCGUAAAUCUUAUCAAAAGACACGCUUUAGUUCACCUCCGUCCGUUUCGAGAUCAAUGCAGACACAAACAUUGCCACCGAAAAAGAAGUCCGUUGGUAAUGCAAUUGGAAAUUCUAUCAGGAAAUUGGUUGGUAAAAUUCGAUCUGCAAGUGCUGAACGAAAACUCAAAGCAAAAACUCCGCCAACAUCAUCCUCAAAACGAUCGCCAUCUCCAUUACCCAUGUUACGACACAGGUCUGUUUCGAAUUUGCCAUUAACUUCAUCAUCCUAUCAGCGUAAUGAUUAUGUUGAUUCUCAUAUUACGAAUGGAUAUAAACGUGCACCGUCAACGUCAACGCAAGCAUCAACAAACGGCAGACGUGAACGAACAGUAGAACGUAACGAACGUAGUGGUUCAUCGACAACAGAUAACGAGAUGCCAGCAACAAGUGAACGAACAGUGACAACACACCAUCAGAAAAAGACAGUGAUAACUAGUCCAAAAAAGAGCUAUUAUUUGGGUGAGAAUCCUUACGGUGGAUCCCUUUUCGGAAAGGAAAAUAAAUUUGUGGCAAAUGGAUCGCCAGCACCACGCGAAAGUGAAAUUGUUAAGCAAAAAAAUUAUUACAACCAGUCACACUCACCGGCAAGACGAUUACGCUCAGAGGAACCAACUCUUGGUUCGAACGUGACAACAUUGGGUAGAUUCAGCAAGAGCACAAAUCGCUUAACAUCGAAUGGUCUAACAUCAACGCCAUCGUCUAAAAAUGGAUAUGAAUCUGUGGCACUUAACGAGUCGAAUGAAAAUUAUCGAAGCUCACAGACAUUACCACGCAAGUUGGAACAUCAUAAGCAAAAACCGAUUUCUCAGUCAACUAUAAAUGUAUCGAUUGUAAAUAAUGUCAAGAAUCAUCCAGUGCAGAAUACAGGCCCAGCUAAACCGGCACGUACAUACAAAGCAUUACAACGCAGCAAGAGCUUCAAUGUGCACGGAAUGAAUGGCACGAAUGAUCCAAGUCCAAUAUACAUGGAGAAAUUGACAAAUAAUAAUUAUAAGAACUAUCCGAUGGGACAGCAGAAAAUUAUUGAAAAUCCAACGCCGGAACGAGUCAUUACCACAACCACAACACAUCAUUCGAUCUAUAAAUCUACACCACACUUGAAUGGCCAUUUAAAUGAAAUAAAGUUAAAAUCACCAUCAAUUGUAAAUUUAAUCAGUCGAAGCACACGCGACUUGACACAAUUGAAUGGAAGUGAUCAUCAGUAUAUUGAUCGUCGCUACAAUUCCUCGCCAUUUACUAAUGAUAUAAAGAAGUCAACAAAUGGACGCAAUGGUAUUGAAGAAGAAGUUUUGUCUAGAAAUAUAAAGUUUGCUGAACGCGACUCAUCAGGCUCAAAAGCAUCGUCACGCUCAUCGCCAAUUGUUGGAAAAGAUUCGCCAAUUGGAAUUUUAAGACGCAGCUCUAAUUCAACAGACAAUGACAAUUACAGUGAAACAUUUAAAUAUCAGACAUUGUCAAACGAUCCAGUAAAUCCAACAGUAACAGACACAGUCGAGACAUUCACAAAGAAGACAAUAAUACCAGGUGAUCAAGUAGAUGCGCGCACAAAAAAGGAGACAGUUGUCGAGCGUCAUGAAAUCAAGAAGGUCACAACAAGUCGCCAUCUUGGCUCACCAUCACCAACCAGUCUUAAAUAUUACGAUAUAAAUCAUCAAAAGAAUGGAAAUGGAGGAGUUGUAAUUGAACUAAGAAAUAAUUAUUAAUUUGAAGAAAAAAAACAGAAACUUUUAUUUAGGAUUUGUAAGUGACACGAAGGAGACGAAGAUGAAGAAAAAUAAAAAAAAAAUUAUAUCUUUUUCAGGUUAGAAUUAAGUGUGAUUCGUAAAAAAAAUAUUACACAAAAAUCAAUGAUGAUAAUAACGAGUUACUGAUAAAGCAGUAUGAAUCAGUGCCUUUUGCCGAUAAUUUACUUCGGUUAUCAUAUGCUUUUUUAUCUACUUUAUUUUAUGAAAUCUUUUUUCUCUGUUUAUGGAAUUUAUCACUAUUUCCAACUUAUUACUUAAUUUUUACGUGACGGAAUUUUUUAUUAUUUUGAAUCUUAAUUCUGCUUUUGGAUAAAAAAAAUAUUCUUUUAAAUUUUCAAAAUGUUGGAGCUGAUUUUACUAAAAAUGGAAGUUAAACUUUGGAUUAAAAUGUUUUAAAAGAGAAAAAAAAUUAAUUUUGAAUUAGAAUUUACAACAAAAAAUCCAUUGCAGCUCUUUUCUAUUUAAAAUAUUCUUUGCAUAAAUUUUUAUUAUGUCAUAUUGAAUUAAGAUUAAUAAGGUUGUCUAUUAAUUAAAUGAAAUAUAAUUUCAAUACACACAUGCAUACCUACAUACAUUACUAAUUAUUUUAAUAUACUUAAUAAUGUAACACGAGUAAAAAUUGAAAGAUAAAUUCAAAAAAAAAGUAAAAUUUUGUAAUGAGAAAUGUUGACAAAAAAAAUAUUGAAAUCAAUAAAAAUAAAA